GCCAGUCGAAGGCCUUGGCUUGGAACGAAAGGCCGCCUUACCGCCGUUUAAAUAAGAAAACAAAAAUAAAAAUAAAAACACGGGACCAAAACCAAGAAAGAUAGCCAGCUGAAACAGCCAACACCCCUGUGCUUGGCUACACGACAAGGGGUUUCCAACGUUUUACUGUAGUAGCCUUGGGGCGUCAGAUCAAAUUUAUCGGUGCCGAUGAGAUCUCCGGUUUUCCUACCCGAUGACGAGAUGGCAGAACGAAUCUGUUGCAGAAAUUUUAAUCCUUCCAUCUUCCUUCGUAUGUCAUACUAUUAGCGUGCUCUAUUUUGGGGGGCGCUUACGACGACGCUUCAUCUAGCCGACGCUCAAGGUGAACAGAUCGCGACAGCAUAAUCGACAAAGCCAAUUUCUAAUCGACGACUGAAGUAGCAAAAGAACAAAAGCGGAUUUACGGGCAUUAUAACUUCAUUCCUGGCCAACCUCCCAACUCAAGGACGAACAGCCACCCCCCGAUUCCGAAUGAGCACCCCACGGAGGGCGAAUUAAUGAGCGCGGAAUUUCUGCUUGGUCCAAACGACGCGGAACCGCCGUUGAUACGGGGCUUAUCUUUGCUCUGAACGCGCACCCACCCGAUCCUCCUCCCAAAGUACGUUCGGGCACUUCCGCGAGCAAAACAGGAUGGCGGCGGAACCGGCACUGCCAGCAGACCUGGCCUCCCCCAACAAUCGUAUAGCGCAACGCAGCCGAGGGUCGUCAACGCGGAGGACGAGGUCCAUAUCGACCGGUAGGAUGCUGGAGGAUACCGCGGCGUCCCGGGGCGCCGGCGGGCUGCAGAAGAGGUUUGGGCUGGCCAUGUUUGCGCGCAGGACGCUGGGUAUCAUGCUGCUGUCGGUGACGGUGCUCUUGUGGACUGUUUCCAACUUCCUUGCCAGUUAUAUCUUUUCCGACAACACAUACAGCAAACCAUUCUUCGUGGUGUAUUGCAACUCGUCGAUAUUCGCGAUGUCUUUAAUACCUAUGCUUAUCAAAUAUGUGCAAAAGAACGGCAUAGAUGGGCUGCGCAACGCAGCCGUAGAGCUGUGGAGGGAGCAGAAGCGAUGCGGGCUCGGGGUGGGAUCCCGAGGCGGCCCACCGAAGCAGAUAGGGGGCGAGGCGGACGGCGGCGAGGACGAGGAGAGGCUUCUGGUGGACGACGAGCCCAGCCUGGAGUCGUUCGAGGGCGAGAUGGAGGCGCGUGAGGAGCGGCUCGACUUUAGGGGUACGGCGUGGCUGAGCCUCGAGUUCAGCAUGCUCUGGUUCGUGGCCAACUACUUUGCGUCGGCGUGCCUCGAGUACACGAGCGUGGGCAGCGUGACGAUCCUGACGUCGACCAGCAGCGUCUGGACGCUCAUCUUUUGCGCCGCCAUGGGCGUCGAAGGGUUCUCGAUGCGCAAGCUGGGUGGGGUCCUGGCCAGCCUCGCGGGAGUGGUGCUUAUCUCGACGGUGGACCUGAGCGGGCGCAGCGACGAGGACAGGGGAAACUUUCCACACAAGUCGCAGUUGGAAAUAGCCAUUGGCGACUCGAUGGCCUUUGUCAGCGCCAUAAUCUACGGUCUAUACGUCACGGUCAUGAAGAGGCGGGUGGGCAACGAGGACAGGGUCAACAUGCCCUUGUUCUUUGGACUGGUUGGGCUGCUGAAUUUGCUGCUACUAUGGCCAGUAUUUAUCUUUUUGCAUUUUACUGGGAUAGAGACUUUUCAAUUACCCCCAAGUGGGAAGGUAUGGACAAUUAUUAUUGCCAACUCAUUAUCAUCAUUUAUGAGCGACAUGUCCUGGGCGUACGCCAUGCUGCUCACGACGCCGCUAGUGGUGACAGUCGGCUUGUCACUCACAAUCCCCCUCUCUCUCAUCGGUGAGAUGAUUCAGUACCAGCAAUUUUCGAGCUGGAUAUACUGGGUCGGUGCUGCGAUAGUGUUACUGUCUUUCGUGUUUAUCAAUCACGAAAGUCACGAGGAUGACGAGUCGGUUCGAGAUCGCAGGCGAGAGGAGGCUGCAGCAGGAGCAUCAAGUAGCAGCUCGAUUGCUGUAUGAGCUCUCACUAAAGUGGGUUUAGAUAUAUAUGAUUGGUCCUCCCCCAGGGAUCACUACAUGACAUUUUUUUGGGGUUAUAAAGAGGGCAUGGCAUCUGCAUUGUUUUAUAUGGCGUUAUCUCUGUAUAUAUGUAUCGAUCGGGUCUUUUUAUCUGGGAGGUUUCUUGUGUCAACGGUCAGACACUACUAGAUCUAGCUCUAGAGGGAGGUUUGUAUAAUCGGUGCCGAGCAUGAUGAUAUAGCACUUUUCGGAUAAUUUUCAGACAACUUGCCUAGGUACCUAGCUUAGGUAUCCAAGCAGUGAUGUGUUCCAUGAGAUAAUGCCGUAGUGUUGUGUUCUUGUGACUGUGAUAUGCCAGUCAUUACUGCAUUGACUUGACCAGCGACAGGCCAGGUGAGGGUGGAUGGACUCAGUGC